AAAUUCCUCUUCCUGUCUGCUCAGACCAUUUCACAUUGUGUACCUGUGUUCCUACUAGCAGAGUAGAGGCUUGCUGCUGCCACGAAAAGAUGGUGGGACUGAGAAACUGCUCUACAUGGGAGCCACUGCUACUCAAGGCUUCCUGCAUCAAGUCCUGUGCCAACGGCUGCUCCCUGGGAAUCACCGCACACCUUACCUAUGCGAAUGCUGACAUAGAGUCUGUAGAAGGUGUGUUUGUGUACCCUCUCGGGGAAAAGGAAGUUGUGGUGGGCUUUGAGGCUGUGAUUGCGGGCCGGUUGGUGGGGGUCCAGAUCCAGAGCAGAGGGAAGAUUAAAGAGUGCUGUUUGGAUUGCUGUCCUGGAUCUUGUCUUGAAGGCCACUGUGGGGAUGGCCGGGAGUGGGGCUGCUGUGGGAGCUCCAGCCUUGACGUGCAAUGCACUAACGGACAUCUCAUCCUGGACGAAGACCUUGAAAGAACGACCUUCAUUGUGGGCACAGGUGUCAUUGGUCCCAUGGAUAUAGUAUCAGUUGUCAUAAGCACCACACUAGAACUCCCCACAUUAGAAAAUGGAGCAAUCCGCAUUGUCUACCCCACAUUGCUUACCCCGAUCGUCACUGGCCAGAUGACUCCAAGCAAGAGUGAAAACGGGGGGAAAUCUGAAGAAACUGGACCAACCAGCUGUUUCGGGGCCACCUCAGGAAAACAAGGCCGGACCCUAGGCUCUGUGCAGCAGUGUGCCCAUGCCAUCUUCACCAGUCCAGCUGCCAACCUGGCGCCUUACGAACUCAACUUCCAGCUGCUGGUCCGAGGGGCCUGCCUACUGGCUGGACUGGAGAGCCCCACUCACGCUCUGAGGGCAGAUGCAGACCCCAGUGCCCAAAGUGCCUCUGCUACCUACAUCACCUUGGCCCAGGAGCAUCCAUAUGACAGACACAUAGAGAUCAUUCUGCACCUCAGUGAACCUCACAGCCUGGUCAUAUUAGAGAGAGGCAGGCUCUCGUUCAGCCAGUAUGAACAGCAGAUCUGUUCCCGCCGUGAUUUCAUUCGCUGCACCCGCAAAGAUUCAGAACCUGAGAGGAGGCUGGAGUUUGUGAGGAAGCGAUACCACAAGGACAUUCUGAGCAGCCCCGUCUUGAUGCUCAACUUCUGCCCCGACUUGGUGUGUGAACCGCUGGAGCUGCACAGAGCCACCAGAGAACUGCUGUUCCUUGUCGAUCGCAGUGGCAGCAUGAGUGGCACCAACAUCCAUCGCGUAAAGGACGCCAUGGUGGUGGCACUGAAGAGCCUCCCUUCUGGCACUAUGCUCAACAUUGUGGGCUUCGGCACCACCAUCAAGCCUCUGUUCCCCUCAAGCAAGCUCUGCGCUGAUGUCACUCUAAUGCAGGCAUAUGAAUAUGUCCAGCGGAUGAGAGCCGACAUGCGAGGCACCAACCUUCUGGGAGCGCUGUCCUGGGUGUACCAACAGCCCAUGCAGCGCUCAUAUCCUCGCCAGGUCUUUAUCAUCACAGAUGGAUGCAUCAGUAAUGUGGCUAAGGUGCUGGAACUGGUCCGCAGAAAUACAUGCGCUGGCAGAUGCUUUGGCCUGGGCCUUGGUCCCAGAGCUUGCAGGAGACUCCUGCAGGGCGUUGCCAAACUGACAGGAGGGACUACAGAGCUCUUGGAUGAUGAUGAGCGACUCCAGCCCAAGUUAAUCAAGUCUCUGAAAAAGGCCUUUGAACCUGUGCUGACUGACGUGCGGAUUGAUUGGUACCUGCCAGAAAACAUGGAGGCCUUUCUUUCACCCAGUGAAAUCCCUCCUCUCUACCCUGGGAAUCGUCUAAUUGGAUAUUGCACUCUAUACGAUAUGAAGAAUUUCAAAGCAAAAAAGACAGAGUCUCAAGGACGGGGCGAUAAAGGUGUGCAUCUUGGUUCCACUGGUUCAGUUUUUGGCCAAUCAAAUGACGAGCUUUCACCUCCUCCUGCCUCCGAGUUAAUGCCUGUGGUGACAAGUGCAGAUGGCACCGACUUGGAUGAGGCACUGAGGGAGAUUUCCAGAGAAAUCUCCUCUGAGUUCUCCUGUGCCAAAAACACAGACCCUGGCACCAGCCCAGGAGUGGAGUUAGACUGGUCCAGUGACGUGAGGAGGAGGAUCCAGGAGAGCUCUUAUAUCCAGGAGCAGUAUGUCCUUACUCGCUGCUCCCUCAGUAGUGAGCGGAGUCUACAAACACAGUCCCACUCACACAUCCACGCCUCGUCCAACUCUGACUCUGCGGGUGGGGUCUUUCUGCCAGACCCUCACUCCUGUGGUUCAGUGCUGGACACGGGGUCGCUACCCCAAGGUCUUGAAAAGAUGCCCCCUCCAGAACAGAGAUCAUCCCUGUCUCGCUGGGCAGACCCUGUGUGGCAGCAAAACCUCUCAGUGGAAACUCCUGAUAACAGGGCAGAAAAGAAUGGGUGUGUGGAUGGAGGUGAGGAGUCUCGUAGGAGACAUAAAGCACUGGCCCGUUCAACCAUGGCAGCACGGAGUUUCUCGUCCCCCCAGGGUGAGCUGGAGAUGCAUCGCCUGAGGAGAGCUCUGGAGAGGGUCUCUUUCGACCAAACACUGGGAGGGAGGCUGGAUGAAAGCGAUGGAGAGAUGAAGCCCCCCAUCAAGAGGGACACUUCCCGCAGAAGCCUCACUGACUCCAACGGACUCCUAUUCCCUGCCUCUCCUCUGGACUGGGACAGCUUCACAGACCCGGAGUACCUCUUUACCGCUAUUCCACCGGAGGAUCCCCCGCCAGGUCAGUGUCGCUCACUCAUUCACGGUCUGCUGAGAGGCAGACCUGUCUCCUGGGAGGUCACGGUGGACCUGGCGCACCUCUGGACCCCUGAGGGCCAGGAUACACACCUGGAGUUGAUGGAUGGAGGAGGAAAAGGGGGGCGAGAAGGAAGAGGACGGGAGCCGUGGGAGGAGAUCAUUCACCAACUCACUGCUCGCUCAGUCAUAAGGGACUUUGAGAAAAUGGCAGAGAAGGAGAGCGAUUUUGGACAUGGUUCAGCUAAGCGAUAUCGUAUGAAGGCUAUCCAGACCAGUAAGCACUGUAAUAUCAUCUGCAUGUACACAGCCUUCACUACCACUGAUAACAACUCUAAUAAAGGCUUGGCAGACAGCAUGGAGCUCCACACAGAAACUGCAGGGGUGCAUUUGGGUAACAGGCGGAGUUCCCAGUCAGGUAGUCGCAGGCAGAGGGCCUAUUCUGUCGGUUUGGGCAGACGGCGCGCCAGCAGAGAUGGUGAAGAGACUGAGGACACCUGGAACUCUACAGACAGAGAUGACACCCCUGCCUCACCCUGUAGCCUUACAUCCUGGGACUCUAGUGUAGGGGGCAGUGCCUACUCUGCCACAGCCCCAGCGCUAACAGGUGCCACAUGCACUCGUUCACAGCGAUCUAUCGAGAGCAAGUCAAUGGAGAGCUUCUUUGGCGCCAGAUUUCCUCUGGGCAUACUCAGGUCCUCUGUUUCAUCAGGAAAGCAGGUUCCUCUCAAGUCCCACUGUCUGUCUGCUGAGACUGAGAAACACCCUGAAACCGAAGCUCCAGACUACCUGUCCCUGGUGCGGCUGCAGCUGGCAUCAGGUGCUUUUCUCAUGACAGAAAGCUACUCGGACUGUGUCCAGAUCCCCCUGGACCGCCUGAAGAGGGCAUCACCCUACAGCCUCCACCGCCGCAGUCUCAGCCCGCCCUUCCGCUGCACAUCUCCCAGUGCUCCAUCUUUAUCCACCUCCACCAAGCCUCCCGGUGUUCCCACUAGUCACCACGUUACCUUUUCUCCUUCUUCAUGCUCCUUCGCCAAACCAACUGCACCUCCUUUCCACCACACUCCAGAUGACACUCCCUUGAUGCUGGAACCAAGGGUUCGCCGCAGACACCUGUCUGACCGAGACCCUGUCACCUCACCCCCUGAUCUUCCCAGCUCGGAGGAGGGCUCCCUGGAGCUAUCUGUAGGUCCCUCUCAGAGCCAGAGCCACGGCCAGGCAGAUAGUGGUCGCGGAUCAGAGACAGAUGUAUGUGAAAGCUCUUCAGUAGACCCAGCAGACCUACAGGGUAGCAGCAAGUUGGCUCAAGAGGACCUGGAGGGGUCCAGCUGGGCCACAGCUGUGGCCCUAGCCUGGCUUGAGCACCGCUGUGCUGGCUACUUCAUGGAGUGGGAGCUGGUGGCAGCAAAAGCAGACUUCUGGCUGCGCUGUCAGGAGCUGCCUGAGGGAGUGGACCUGGCGGGGCUGAAGGGAGCCGCCAGACAGCUCUUCCUGCUGCUACGCCACUGGGAUGAGAACAUCAAGCUAAACAUGCUAUGUUAUAAUCCCAAUAAUAUGUGAGACAGUGAUCACUGAUUUGCAUUCUCACUUGUUACCAAUGAUAAUGACUCCUAAGAAGCAACACCUUUACAUGGAAAAGUAAAUCCUGUAUUUUAUCUGCAGGACUAAUCCCGUAACCAGUGCCAAGUUUCUAGAAUUAAGUUGCACAUGAAACAUUUUACUGUUGUAAGACUUUAUAUUUAUGUAACAAGAAUACCCUUUACAUGACAUAAACCAAGUGGCCUUUUAUUAGAAGUAUGCUUUAUGCAAUCACAAGAAUGCCUUGACCAUAUGAAUGGGCUUAUUGUAGUCUAUAUGUAGUCAGUAUAAUGUAUUACUUUGCCAAAUGUAUAACCAGUCAGUCAGCGUUGAAUGGCAAUGAUUUUGAUCAACAGGAUGAGUAUUUGAUAAACUAAUGACAUAUUGCUUUAAAUAAUUAAAUUAUUGUUUUGCGAAAAUAAAAGCAUAGUGGAAUUAA